UCAUUGCGAGGACUUGUUUACGUCUUGAUUUUCUGCUGCGGCUUGUGGUGAACGAGAAGCAGGACGCAUUUUGACGAACUUGCUUCAGAAUCUGCUGGGUCAAAAAGACCCAGAAUCCUGGCAGAGUGAUUCUCGACAUUAGCAGUGCUUGUGUAAGUCAUUUGUAUCAUACGGCUACACCAUAUGAAACAAAUCUAGUGAAAGAUAUCCGGUAACCCUACCUCUUGAGGCCAGGACAGAGGUUCAAGGCUACAUGAAGACACGAGAUAUUUUUGUUCCGUGGUUCGAGAAUAAAAUUUGAGUGGAUGUGACUUAACUUUAUCGACGUCAGUUGUUUAGUUUGUGUAACCUGAAAUAUCCGUAAGGGUUGAUUUGCAUCAGAUACUGCCAUGUGACUCUGAAUGGAAAGGAAUUCUUUCUAUGGACUCAAUUUGCGUUUUCAUUCAUUGAUUUUAUCAUCAACGCUAUAGUGGACUGAAGUUAUGUAUCCAUUUCUCGUGCGAAUGGCAGUCAGCCUGUGGAGGACUCCAUAAAACCGACGGAUCAUCUCAAAUAUUUGUCAUUAUGUAUAGAAAUUUAGAAAUUACAAUAUGGUGCUGCAGCGUGUUUUGUGUGGCGCUGGUUGUGGGCUCCUGCAGCCAAGGAAAUUGGAAGAAUGGGGCCGAGACAAGUAUUCAGAAUCCUACUGAUGGGGCAUGCCGAAGCAUUGAUGUUCGCAACAGCGUGGACGGAUUAAAAAAACUAGAAAACUGCACUGUCAUUGAAGGCAAGUUGCACAUCCUGCUGAUUGAUCAUGCUGAACAAAAAGACUAUGACAAGUUUCGCUUCCCCUUGUUGCGGGAGAUCACAGGUCAUCUCCUGCUGUACCGCGUCUACGGUCUGAAGACACUGCGCCAUCUCUUUCCCAACCUGACCGUGAUUCGGGGCCAGGAUCUCUUUUACAACUAUGCUCUGGUGGCUUAUGAGAUGCCAGAUUUGGAGGAGAUUGGCCUGAUCAGUCUGACGACCAUCAUGCGUGGGGCAGUCCGCCUGACCAAAAAUCGCCGCCUGUGCUAUGUGGAUACCAUUGACUGGUCUCGCAUUGCAGUAGGGCUGAAGACUAGUGACCAUCACAUUCAGGAUAACAAGGAUGAGACCAAGUGUGUCAACUACUGUCCAGAUUACUGUUCAUCAACCACCUUUCAAGGCAAGGAGUUACGUCGAUGCUGGACUGCCACUCACUGCCAAAAGAAUCUGGAGUGUAAGUGUGGCUCCAACAUGAGCGCAUGCGUGGAUGGUGGCACCGAAUGCUGCCAUGAAUACUGCGUUGGAGGCUGUCAUGGUAAAGAUCGUGAGAAGUGUGAUGUUUGCCGCAACGUCUACUACCAGAAAAGCUGUCAUCCCAGCUGCCCCCCAUUCACCUACAUGUUUAUGGAACGGCGCUGUCUCACUGAAAAUGAAUGCCUAAACCUGACGAGAAAAGGAGACAAGGCCCCUAAGUGGAAGUUGAUGGCUGGCAACAGCACUGCUCAAGAGCCCAACAGAUGUCUGGAUGAGUGCCCCACUGGUUACACUGCUAAUGAACAGGGCACACACUGUAUCAGAUGUAACAGGUCUUGUCCGAAAGAAUGUGUGGGCAGGGUUGUUGACAGCAUUGAGGCAGCCCAGACGCUGAAGGGCUGCAACAAAAUCCAAGGUCCCCUGGAAAUACAGAUAAUGGGAGGCAGUAGCAUAGGUAUAGAGCUAGAGGAGAGCCUCGGUGCGAUUGAAGAGGUAACUCAAUAUAUUAAGAUUGUUCGCUCGUAUGCACUUCUCUCGCUUCACUUCUUCAAAAGCCUGCGCAUCAUUAAUGGGGAAGUCCUCGAACACCAACACUACAGUCUGAUUGUCAUGGACAACACAAACCUACAAGAACUCUUCACAGAGGAGGUCACGAAAAAUUUGAAGGUGCUCAACGGACUGGUGUCUUUUCAUAGUAAUCGAAAGCUGUGUUUGCAAAAGAUUCAUUCGCUUGUUCAAGACCAUCUCCACAUCAAUGCUUCUAGUAAUGACAUUAGUACAACAACAAACGGAGACCUUAUGCCUUGUUACAUCACAAAAUUGAAUUUAAGAGUCCAGAAAAUCAUGCGCAAUGUUGUAAUUCUGGAGUGGGAUAAAACUCCUUCCGCAGAUCCUCGUCAGGUGUUGACUUAUAUCAUUAACUACAGACUUGUAGAUUCUGAUACAGUGAACAUCUAUCAGGGGAGAGAUGCAUGCUCCAAUGAUGUGUGGAAGACCGUUGAAACACCAGCUGACCCAUGGGGGAACUCAAGUGUUGCGGGUUUGGUCCCAAACCUGAAGCCAUGGACCAAAUAUGCAGCAUAUGUACAGGCUUACAUGCUGAACACAGCCAGUCACCAAGCAUUAUCAGAUGUCAUCAUUUUCACCACAAGUCCAGACUUCCCAACCAGCCCAGUGGAUCUGCAUGCUGCAGCUGAGCAAAUGGGAGAGCUGCAUGUAACUUGGAAAAAGCCAAAACAGCCCAAUGGCAACGUGACCCACUAUGUUGUUUACUGGCAGCUGCAGGAAAUCAACAGCAAACCCUUUGACCAGCGAAACUACUGCACAGACCCCAUUGAUGCAUCAAACACUAAUGGCAAGCACCCUGGGCAGGAGGAGAGCAAGAACACUACUCAGCAGUCCCCAACUUGCUGUCAGUGUCCCAAGUCCUCAGAAGAACUCAUUGAAGAGGAACGAGAACGCCAGAUUGAAAUUGAAUUUGAAAAUUACCUGCACGACAAUGUCUAUUGUAAGAGGGCGGACUCCCUUCCACUUGAGAUUGACCAGAAAUAUAAUCUCACUAUGUUGACCCGCAGAAAACGGCAAGCACACUUGGGGUCUUCUCCUUACAGUAGUGAAAUGAACCAGCAAGGCACUGAUAACAGCAGUCCUUUACCUUCACCAGCUGUCAAUGUCUCCAAUGGCACAGAAGAAGGUGCUUACCUGUCAGCGGUUAUAUAUGACAUGGAAAUUGUCCUUACAAACCUAGGACAUUUUCAAGAAUACAAUAUUGAGGUCUUGGCUUGCCAUGAGGCUGAGUCUACUGGACCAAAGCGCUGCAGCAGUCGUGCCAUUACUGUGGCCAGGACAAAACCAUUAGAGAAUGCAGACAACAUCAAUGCUUCUUCAGUUGAAGUGCAUCAGAGUGUCAACAGUUCAGGAGAAGUGAUGAUAAAGUGGGCACCUCCUCCAAGGCCCAAUGGUCUCAUUAUCAAAUACUACCUCCAGUAUCGUUCUGCUAAUCGAGAAGAUGUGAUGUUCAGAAAGGUCUGUGUAAGUCAACGAAAAUACCAUGAACACAGCGGCUAUCGUUUGACCAACAUGGAGUCUGGCAAUUACACUUUCCAGCUUGCUGCUGUGUCACUGGCAGGGAAUGGCUCUUACACUCCACUCAUGUACUUUUAUGUGCCACCUCCUCCAGCUGUAGAAGAGGCAAAGAAUAACAUCAUCAUCAUUACAGUGAUUGUUGGUGUGAUAAUUGUCAUCAUCGUCACUGCAGGUGUCAUCUUGUUUGUAAUCAAGAGCAGAUCAACCAAAACUGACUUGACAGUCAUAUCACCAAACCCAGGCUACAUGCCUUCUGGAGACAUGUACAUUCCCGAUGAAUGGGAAAUUGACCGUGACAGUGUUCAGCUGGUGAAGGAGCUUGGUCAAGGGUCCUUUGGCAUGGUGUAUGAAGGUACUGCCAAGAAUAUUCCUGGCUUUGAAGGUGAAAUCAAAGUGGCAGUCAAGACAGUCAAUGUGAAUGCUGGAUUCCAGGAACGGUGGAGUUUUCUGCGGGAGGCAACUACCAUGAAGGCUUUUAAAUGCUACCACGUGGUCAGGCUGUUGGGUGUGGUCUCUAAAGGACAGCCAUGCCUGGUAGUCAUGGAACUGAUGGCUAAUGGUGACUUGAAGAACUACCUUCGGCGGCAUCGUCCUGAUGAAGAGGACAACAAAGGUGCUCGUCCUCCCACCAUCAAGGAAAUGCUGCAGAUGGCUGGCGAGAUCGCUGAUGGCAUGGCAUAUCUUGCUGACAAAAAAUUUGUACACCGUGACUUGGCCGCUAGGAACUGCAUGGUUUCAGAGAACAGAGUGGUAAAAGUCGGGGAUUUCGGCAUGACAAGGGACAUCUAUGAAACAGACUAUUACAGGAAGGGUGGCAGAGGCUUGUUGCCAGUCCGUUGGAUGGCACCAGAAUCGUUGAAGGAUGGUGUCUUUACAACCAUGUCUGAUGUCUGGUCCUAUGGAGUGGUGCUGUGGGAGAUGGUAACACUGGCAGCCCAGCCAUACCAAGGUAUGACUAAUGAAGAGACACUUCGGUAUGUCAGCGAUGGCCACAUCUUGGAGAAACCUGCAGGCUGUCCAGAAGAACUGUUUAACUUGAUGAGCCGAUGCUGGGAGUUUAAGCCAAAGAAGAGACCCACUUUCAAGAUGAUCAUCGAGGAUCUGGUGCCUAACCUGAACCCAAGUUUCCAACAUGUGUCCUACUUCUUCAGCGAGGAGAGCCGUACCAACAGUGACAGUGAGCUGCGGCAUGCACAGCUCAACAGACAAGGUGUGGAGAGAGAGGAGGAGGAGGAGGAAGAAGAUGGUUUGGACUGUGAAGAGGAGGAAGAUGAAAUAGACUUGGAGUAUGCUGGCCUCAGUGCUUUAGAAGAAGAGUCUCGGAUCCCAUUCAUGACAGCAGAAGACCCCAGCCACUACCACCAUCACUUCCCCCUCCCCCACCCACAGGCCUGUGCCUCUCAACGCUCCCCCUCACAUGGCAAGCGGGGGGCAUCAUCUUCGUCGUCACUGCGUGGAGCUGGUGCCAGUGGUGGGCCCAGCAGCAUGGUAGCAGGAGCAGGGGCAGGGUCUGGAUCAGGCUCACCCUGUGAGUGUGUUCUGCUGGAGGAGCUGCCCAAUGGCCAUCGCCUGUCUGCUUGCUCCAGCCCCGUCUCCAACGCCAACGCCAACAGCGAUGGCAGCAAGGGCAGCAGCAAAAGUUCGGGCAGCUACUCCCAUAUGAAUGGACUUGCCAAUGGCCAUAUAUUUAACCCUUACACGCGGACGGCACCAUGCUAACCAUCGACCUUGUGCAAAAAAAAAAAAAACUCAUCCUGUGAACCCGCUUUGCUGUGUGUCCUUGUGUUUGGGGGUUAGGACAAAAGGUUUUGGUAGCCAGCUGCUCAGCCUGCCAGCAUGGGAGAGAGAACAGUGCCUGUGGAUGUGGCAGUGGGUCUGCUUGUGUUUUGUCUCGAGGCUGUGUGUGUGAGGGGAGGGUGGGAUUUGUGUGUGUGAAAAGGGGUGGUAGCAUGAGUUUAUGACCAGGACUUUCAAGAGCGAGGCAAAAAUGAAUGUGUAGAUAAAUGGGAGGCAUAUUGCCUGGUCAUUGAGAACGAGGCAGGCCAAAUGUUAUUUGUGGCAUUGUCAGCAACAUUGGUCCAUCUAGGCAGGAAAGAGUGCAGGCAGAGAAAGGCAGGCGAUUUCUGCUUCAAAACAGCAGUUGUGACCUCUACAACCCCUGUAUCCUGUCUGGGCUGCUUGCUGAAUGCAUGUGCGGCAGCAGUGUGUGAUAAGUGGGCAGAAGAUUCUUGGGGUGGCCAGAUACGGCAGACGAAACAAACUGCUUUGUUGAAUGGAGUGCAUUCUUGGCUGAAGGGAUACUAUUUAGUGUAGUGGAGGGGGCUCUUGUCUGUGUGGCAGUUUGAAUCCUUAAAAUCUCAUCACCACCUGGAAAAAGAUUUGAAAGUCACGUUAUGUGUUGUUUCUUGUAGAAGGCUGGCAAAAGAGGUGGUCUUUUCCAGCAGAUUGUGGACUUUUAAGUUUCGGGAUGAGAUGUGACUGGGUCCUCAAUAUUGCAAUAUGGCAUAUUGGGUGGGCCACAGCAUUUUUCACUAAGCUCUGCAUUAAUACUGCAGGGGUAGAUGACCGAGAAUCAGGGCCUGUCCAAGACAUGAAGUGAACUGAAUUGUGUUUCUGAGUGUGCCUUUGAGAAAAAAGGAAGACCAUUUGUGCAUGUGACUGGGCCGCUCUGUUGAAACAUUUGUUUGAUCCAAGAACCUAGAUUAUUUUGACACUUUACCUUCUUGUGUACAAGCACAUGGGCCAGUGUAUAUGGGUGUCUGUUGGUGCAUGCAUGUGUUGUACAGAUGUGUUCUAACAUGGGCCAAUUGCAUUGUUUGUCAGCUUAAAAUGUGUUCUGUUUCAGAUUGCAUCUCACUUGUUAAAUAGCUGAACUUUUCAAGGUGGAAGCGAGGGGAACUGUAGGGGAGGGAAAGAAAAUAUGGAAAUAACAUGUUUUCCCCAUUCAUAACCAUUGCUGGGCUUUAACUGCAUCUGUUUGCAUUUGCACGGAGCUAUUCCGUCUUGAAGGAAUUAGCGAAUUUUCAUUCUUGUGAAUAGACACGGACCAGCCCUUGCCUUUUUGUGAAGGAAUGUCACAUAUGGGAAGGGGAGAGCACAAAUCUCCUUAAGUUUCUGACACAAGAUAAAUGGAUUGGGGCAGCUCAUGAUCUGCUCCUGGAAGCACACAGAGCAGAGGCACUGUGAGGAUUUCUGAUGGUCUUGUAAAAAGAGGGUUAAGUUAUAUUGGGGGAACACAAAGGAGGGGGGUAGGUGUGUGUGCGAGAGAGGUCAUGCUGACAAGAAAGCUGCAACUAUUGUCCGGUGUCAUAAUGCUUUUCUUGCCGUACAUGCUAUACUUCCCCCUCUCAUCACAGCAUCCAGUUGCGUGGUGCUGCGUUUGGCUUUUGUCCAUUUCUCUCACUGUUUGUCCUUGCACUUGCUUUGAAAUCUGGAGGAAGGGGAGGUUGAAAGAGGUGGAGAUUUUCAUUGGACAACACUAUCACCAGUUAUUAAGGUAUGUCAAGCCAGAGAGAAUUCUGUCAGUCCCGCCAUCUCGACAUUCAUAAGCACGUACAUCACCGCUCUUCUGCUUGUAUUAGUGGCGUCCUUGCAGAGGUUGUGAGUAAACUGAUUGCAAGAAAGCAUAAAUGUCCAGAUUAAUGAUUCUUUACCAUCUGCUGACUUCUUUUGUCACAGAAAAUGGUAGGGUAGAUUGAAGCAUACAACAUAAAUUAAUGAGAUGCAUAGAAAAUGAAAAUUUUAAUGAUGUUUAUUUCCUUUUUUGUGGAUAUGCAUCUCUGUGCAUUAGUCUGCAUAUAUUUAUAUAUAAAUGUCAGAGAAGGAAUAGGCAAGGUAACAGGAGAUGAACUGAACUGAAAGGGUUGGGAGGCAGUAUUUGUUGGCAACCAUAGUGAUAUGAAGUACAAGAUGCUCAGUGCUAAGAUGAAAUUAGAAGAGAAUUCUAGUGUAAGUAUGAACAAGUCAAGAAGAGCAGGCUCUGCAUAGCCAGUUGUUACAAAGUACCGCAAAGACAUGGCCUUGGUUUGAUUCUCUUUCCAUCUUGUUCUGUAUUUUUUUUUUAAAGUUCGAGCAAGGUCAUACCAGCCUGCAAAUUUUGCAAACAACUAUUGAUCCUGAUUCUUGGAAAAAAGUCCUCAAAAUUAGUUUAGUGGUUUACCAAAAAGUGUGAGUGUAGUGAAUGUGGGUUUUUUUUUAAAAUAUAAUGCUUUAAAAAUGUAAAUAUUGUUUUUAUCCUCAUCUGUGAUGUACUGAACAUACGUCAGAUGAAGUAUGGAGAAUACAAUUGUAUAGUUUCAAGAAGGGCUAGGGCUCAGUUUUUAACAAAUUCUGCAUUGGCAGGUUGCUGUACAUUAAAUACAUUAAGUGUGCUGCAGAAUGCGUGGACCCCCCUCCACCAAGUUUUAUCAUAUGGACUUUAAAUCUUGAUCUUGUCACAGUCUGUUUUAGACAUUUUGUGUCUUUUCUCCCCCAGACAUAUGUUGCUAUUUGAUGUUGGCAUUCUGCUGUUGAUUUGCUUGAAAGAAUGUGUGCCUCUGUACUGAGUCUUGUCAUCUCAAGUCAUAUCUCUAUUUAUUUGUGGACCAAGUUGAAAAGAAUCAAACUCGCCCCGGAGAUAUUUAUUUAUAGGAGUUUUCCCCUCCCAUUCUUGUCUCAGUCAAGAAAAGUUUAGUUUCACACAACAAUGUGUGUAAAUAACACACAUAUAUAUCACAUGCAGACACACUUAGACACAUCCAUUGAACAUUCUUAUUUUAACCACAGCCAUACCUGUAAAUAACAAUAUAUACACACAUCUACCAUGAACUUCUUACCCCAAGUGCCUGCAGUAGAUAGUGCUAGGAAGUUUGCCAGCAUUUUACGACUGUUGUGAUAUUCUGGGUAUGUGCAUGUGUGGAUGGGUGUUUACGUGAGUGGGUGGGUUGGCGGGGGAUGAAGGCAGUUGCUGCAUCAUAACACAAUAUUUCUUGAUGGAAAACAUUAAAGUUUUUGCAAGGUUUUUGUAUUUGAUCAUAUAAUCUAGGGGAAGGAAGAUGGGAAUAUUGCAUACAGGUGUGAAGGAGGAUGCUAGGGCUAGACAGGUAUUUGCGUACGGAUGUUGUGAGUUGUGGGGUUUACAAGCAUUUAAAGCAAUGUCCAUACUUAUCAGGAGAUGAAAAGGGGGGACACAAACCAUUCUAACAAUACACUUAAACUGAUGAAAGAUUUGAUGAAAUGUAUGAUACCUUUGUGUAGAGGGGGGUAGGGAUUUCAAGCAUUCAUUGUUAGAAGCAGAUGUUGAAAAGCUACUGUUUAAAGCCCUGCAACAGUUUCUUUAAAUGAGUAACAUUUUUGAAAUGCUAGAGAAUUUUAAGGUAUCUAUGUAUUUUAAUUAGAAAUGUGGAUGGAUCUUUGAAAAAUGACUGUAUUUUCAUGAGAUGUAACUGUGGAAGAUUACAUUCAUUUUACAUAAUUGCCAUCCAUCCAGACGAGAAUGCCAGUUGCUAAUUGUGUUGCAAGAAGCGAUAUUACUGUAGAUUUUACUGUAUAAUUAAUUGCUGUUUUAGAUUUGUAUGUUAAAUUUUGAAGUGUUAACAAGUUAGAUGUACAACAGCCAUCAGGUUGUAGUGUUCAUUUAGAAUUCCGUUUGUUGUACAUCUGUAAGUCAAUGAAAAUCUUGUGGGCUUUACUAUCAUCAGUGAUGGCUAAAAAAAAUGUAUAGUCACGCAGAAGGUGCUUAUAGUAUAUUUUAAAACAUAUCCACACAAUAUGCUAUAAAGUAAACAGAAAAGUGAUUUUUCUUGGAGGAAAAAGAGGUCAAUAGAAAGCAUUUGUAAAAUUUGCCUGUGAAGCUUAAAAGUAGUCAUAAUUUGCAGGUUUUGGAUUUUGUUCUCUGUGCUAGCAUAGUUGUGUGCCACUGCUUUAGAUCUCUAUUUCGAGCCGGAUGCUGCCUAGUUCAUUUGCUCCCCUUUAAAAUGAGAUACACCUGAUAUGCUAUUUUGUCCAAGACUGGUACAUGUACCUUGAGUCAAGUUUAUGGUGUUCAGGAGCUUGCAGCUCUAGCUAUUCAUGGUACAUGAACCUGUGUUUUGUGCACCACACUUCUCCACACAAAUCAGUUCUGAAAUUUGAUUUUGUCUUCUCCCCUAAAAAUGUAACCUUUGAGCUACUUCAAUGUCAUUUAUGCUCACCAUUGCUGUAGACAGAAUGCCAGUGCUGGUAUGAUACUUAUUGCAGUUUUCAUGGAUGCAGCAGCAGAGAAGGAGAAUAAGUGAUCUAUUUAAAACCAUGCUUGAUAUUCCUUUUAUUAUUUUUUUGUAUGAGCAUUGGAAUAUUAGAAUGGUAUGUCCCUACUUUUCGUUUGUAUACAUGUGUGCUUGAUGAGAGAGACAUGGGGGAAGGGUAGUGUCAGAAAACCAAGCAUCAAACUUUGUGACACUAGAGGUCAUGUGUGAUAACAUUGCAGUAGUAGUCCAACCAGUCAUUCGAGUCACUUUUCUGUCGCAAUUUCCCCUUCAUGCCAUGAGAAUGUUAGUUUUCAGUGGAGAAAUGGGCUUGCUUGUGGUAGAUUUAAGUGCUAUUUAGAGAGCACUUUGCAGAGGAGUAAAUGAAGCAGAGUCUAGCUCUGCAAGCACAGGGAUGAAGACAUAAACACAUAAUUGAACUUGCAUGUGAACAGCUGCAAAUUGAAGCAGUUUUUGUCUCUUGCCCACGUUGCCACCUGUGAAUACAAUACCACCUGUGUGUUGUGGCGUCAUCAAUGUUAGAAAUGUCAACCAUGUUCAUGCACAUAACCCAUAUUGCAUAAGAUGCAAACCAAGUAGAAGUAUUGCAUUUUGCAUGCGAGAGACAGGCUGCCUGAGGAGCAAAAGGUAUCUGCGUACUAUGUGCAGAUGCAAAUUGCUGCAAAUGACCAGUGUAUUCUGAGAGGAGUGGGGAAGAUGAAAGGGAAGGUGGGGAGGUAUGCAUUGUGUUUAGACUUUGAGGGAGGGGAAGUGUUCAAGUUGUUUGUUCAGAACAGUUCUGGUUUGACCUUUUCAUGUAUGGAGAGAACACUUUGAUGGAAAAAUUUUCUCCUGGACAUGAUUUCUUUGGUGGCAAGAUUUGUAUAUAUAAAUAACAUUGUCAUAAUCAUAACCUUUUAUUGGAAAUAAACUUGGAUCAAAAUUGUUCA